UAUUAUUAUCUUUCCAUUAUACUUUAUUCGGUUACUUGUUCGGAACCCGCAGCUGUUAAAAUAGCGCCCAAUUCGAGUGGUGCCUCUUGUCCUAAUUCAGGUUGACAACAGCCAGGGCUGCUGUUAAAUAAUAUUCUAUUGAAACAGACUGUUGUUUUUUAUAUCUGCGCCUACAGCCAAGACCACAAAAACAAACGCACACAUAUACAAAUACACACUUGGCUAGUCAGUCAUGGCCGACCGCAACGGGCGAAUCGGCUCUACAGAGGCCCAGAAAUCCCGCGGAGUGCCUUUCAAGUACGACAUUCGCGUCACAGGCGACCUCUUUGGCGACAAGAGAGAUAAUGGCUCCACGACCAAAGUGUCAGUCAAGGUAAAUAUCAAUUUCCAUUUUUCCAGCUCCGACAUGCGUGGGCGUUCUCCGACACAGCAGUCGCUGGCAUACUCAGCUGCAAAAACUCCGCAUUGUAAACAGCUGCCGAGUGCGCAAUUUUUCUGUGUAAAUGCAAUGUUUGCUGCUCUUCAAGCUUUUUUGUUUGUUUAUUGCCCUCGACAUUUACCUUGGUCUUUCUCUUCCUUUCCAAUGCAUUGGUCUUCCGUGUCUGUUGCAAUUUGUCACGUUCCUCUUUGUGUCUUUGUGGCAGAUACGCCGUGGAAAGGGGGUUGGUUGAUCUUGUUUAUUUUUUAUUUGCUCUCUUGCCAAAUAAGGAUGGUCGAAGGGAUUGGACACGUCUUGUUUCCCAUUUGCGGCCGUUAUUCUUUGCGGCCCCUGCGUCUAUCAAUCUGGCCUGGCUCCUGAACGCCCAACAAAAUCCCAAUAAAAGUUCACUUCCAUUUUCAACGGACAAUUUCCCCCUCCACCCAACUCAUCUCCGCCCGAGUCUGCACUAUUCCAUU